CGUUUCCAAUAAGCAAGUGAAGUUCAAAAAUUUCGAAAAAUAAUAACUUUUUGCAUUUUGCAUUUUUCUUUUUGAAUAUAUAGCAAUUAUUGGUACACACUGUACAUUUAUCAUAAUUCCACCACAAUCAAUGUGGAAAUCAUGUGAGUGGAUGUCUCUAUUUAUAUUUUUGUCAUUCCUCUAUUCUAUGGUAAAAGAUCCGUUAGUUAACUGACAUUCAAUAAAAAGAAAUCAAAAACAAACGAAAAUUAAAUUGCUUCAAUUAAGAAAACCGGUGAAAAAUGUCAGGUAUUAUUCUAUAUGGCCACGACAUCAGUCCACCGGUCCGCGCGUGUUUGUUAACGCUGAAAGCACUAAAACUGCAAUUUGAAUACAAACAUGUAGAUAUUUUGGUGGGUGAACAAUUAGCCGAUGACUUCAUCAAGCACAAUCCACAACACACUGUGCCCACAUUGCAUGAUAAUGGCGUCUGGUUGUGGGACUCGCACGCCAUCUGUGGCUAUCUUGUCGACAAGUAUGCUAAGGAUGAUUCGCUAUAUCCGCGAGAUUUAGUCUUGCGCGCACGCGUCCAUCAGCGACUCUAUUUCGAUGCGAGCAUACUCUUCAUGUCAUUACGCUGUAUCACUCGACCGAUGUUCAAGAGCAAUGUAUCCAUCGUACCGCGUGAAAAGACACAGGGAAUCAUUGAAGGUUAUACUUUGCUUGAGAAGUUCCUGACAAGCGGUGCCUAUUUAGUAGGCGAUUGUUUGACCAUAGCCGAUCUUUGCUGUGUUGCCACGGCAACGUCGCUGGGAGGUGUGAUCGAAUUGGAUGCUACAAAAUAUCCCAAAGUGAGCGCAUGGAUGGAGCGCUUGAAAAAAUUGCCAUACUACGAGGAAGCAAACGGUUGGGGAUGCAAAAGGUAUAUGGACAUACUUAAGACGCGUCUCACUGCCAUUGUGUCCUGAAUAAAUAUCCUUUUUAUUUACUUAGAUGUAAUAUUGAAAUAAAGGGUUGUAUGUUAAGCUCAAUUAGUAUUUUAACUAAGGUUAAUUAUUUUUGUGAAGGAAAUAUAAAAGGCUUUGUUAUAUUAAAAUUA